AUGCUCAGUGAUGAUUCUGUCUUACUCUGCGUUUUCUGGAUCGAACAACGACGUGCAAUUAGGGUUUCUCGAAUUCGGUUCUGGAUUUGGUUUUGUGGGGUUAGUGAUGGGGUUUUAGGUUUGAGGGCGGUCGUGUGCUUGUUUUGGAGUGGGGAAUUUGCGAGGGGAAGAACAGGGAUGUUUUAUUCUCAGUUUAUUUUGGCCAAGAAAGGGCCACUUGGGACUAUAUGGAUAGCUGCACACUUGGAGAGGAAGCUCCGGAAGAAUCAGGUGGCUGAUACUGACAUUGGUGUAUCCGUAGCUAUUAUCUGUCUUCAAUCUGAAAUUUUGUCUCCCUUAUCUGUGAAAACUGAAAGACCUACUAGUAGGGUGGCACAAAUUUCGAGUUUUGCCAGGACUGUGCUGAGAACAUACUGGUCCUGCGUUUCUUUCAAGGAAAAUACUCCAAAGAACAGAGCAGAUUGCUCAGUAGCACACUUUCUUCCCCACUGUCAAAAUGCAAUUCCUGAAGUUGAUUGCAAGAAGUACGAAGUUGAUUAUGAAAGGAUCCAGCUCCAUCUUCUACUUGGUGUGGUAAGGAUAUAUUCUAGGAAGGUGAAUUACCUUUUUGAUGACUGCAGUGAAGCCUUGCUGAAGAUUAAGCAAGCUUUUCGCUCCACAGCAGUUGAUUUGCCACCUGAAGAGUCCACUGCACCUUACCAUUCCAUCACCUUACCUGAGACUUUUGAUCUAGAUGAUUUUGAACUGCCAGAUAGUGACAUUCUUCAAGGUAACUAUGUCGAUCACCAUGUCAGUACUAGGGAGCAGAUUACACUGCAAGAUACUAUGGAGGGUGUGGUUUACACUACUUCACAGUUUGGCUUGGAUGAGCGCUUUGGUGACGGUGAUGCUUCUCAAAUUGGGCUAGACCUUGAUGAGGUCUUGUUAAAUGACAAAGCUACUACUUUGGAGCAUGAUGACUUUGGUGCAAGUCUUCAAAUGGCUCAUCAAAAUGAUGAAAAGAAAGAGAUUGAUGAUUUACCCACCACUACCGGUGAAGUCCGUGAGUAUGCUGAAGGUCCAUCUACCCCCGGACUUGAAGAGCCUAACUUAUUUGGAACUCAGAUGGAUCAGGGCAAUAAUGAAGUUGAUUACCAUAAUUCUUCCGAUUUAAAAUCAAUGGAGACUACACGAAAUGAAUUGUUGGGUCACCAAAUGGAUAAUGAAGUAAAUAAUUGCUCCUUGCAAAGUAAUGGGAAUCAUAUUUCUUUAGAUUUGCAUCAUGAUGACAAAGGCUGCACUCAGGUUGAAAUGGAUAGCAAAAGAGAGGAGCAUGAGCAUUUAACAAGUGAGGUUGUAAUCAAGGAUCAAGAAAAUUUGAUACCUGAAGACCAUUCCUUAGCAUCAUUAGGCUUGAUGAAUUCUUCCAAUAAAGAGUACCCAGCCACCGUCUUACCAGGAUGCGAAGGUGAGAUGAUCAAUGCUUCUGAUGUACCUGAGAAGGAGGAGGUCUUACAAGAUGCAGUUUUGAUGAGCAGUGACCCAGUUUCUGCUCCCUUGGACCAAACUGUUACAGAUUGUGUUGUUUCUUCUCCUUUGAUGAACAAUGACAAUGUUGGUUCUCUUGUUUGUUCUCGUGUUACUUCUGAUCAAGAGAACAUCUCAUGUAAACCAUUGUCUAACAUGGAUGGAUCUCAGGGGCCAGGAUCAGAUAGUUAUUUGGAUGGUAACACAAUAUCAAAGCAUGAAGUUCUUAAAGACGUUGAAAUUUCUAAGAGUGAGAGACAAUCUUGUCCGUCUGAUGAUGCCCUAGUUUCCAAUGUUGUUAGUCCUCUAGCGUCAUCUGGUAGACCGGAAGUUUUCGAUGUGGAUGCUCAGGCUUCUCAAGAACUGAAGGAAGCAAAGGCUUUAAAUCAUGUAUCUAAUGAAGCUGUGCAGCCCACUGAAUCUAUCCUUCAACCAUGCACCUCCCAUCUGGGCCAGCCUUCUCUCUCACUUUUCGAAGUGGUAGAAGUAGUGAAGUGGUUCCUGGCUACUGUGGUCACUGUAGCUGAGCAGUUCAGUGGAACACUAACACCUGUUGAGAGUGAAAAAGGUCAUGUAAAUGAUGUUUCAAAUCAUGCUUUAAGUUACCAAGAGACUAUAGAUCCAUCUGUAUCUAAAGGAACACCUGAUUUGGGGAAAACAGAUAUGGAACUUGAGAAUCAGAUAUUUAGCAAUAAAGUAGAAAGUAUAAAUAAAUCUACUGUUACUGACAUGCCUGAGCCUGAAAAGUUGCUCUCUUUAGCUUACCAACAUGGUGGUGAAGCAAAUGAUUUGCUGAUGGCGUCUACUCCCAACAACCAGGGUGCAACUGAAGGCCAUACAGGUGCUGCAGGAGUAAAGGGCCUCUCCGGUAAAAAACGUAGCUUCACAGAAAGUACUCUUACAGUGCAGAGUGUAGGUUUGAUUGAGUCCUAUGGGGCAGCUCAAUCCAAGAGAAGUGCCGAGUCUGUUCCCGAUGAUGAUGAUCUAUUGUCGUCCAUAUUAGCCCCUGAAAUGGCAUCAAUGAAGCGGGCUCGUUCUGCACCACGGGCAAGUGCCUUGAAGAGGAAGGUGCUUAUGGAUGAUAUGAUGGUCUUGCAUGGCGAUACAAUACGUGAACAGUUGACAAAUACUGAAGACAUCCGUCGCCUAAGGAAAAAAGCCCCUUGCACUAGUCAUGAGAUUUUAAUGAUUCAAAGACAGUUUUUGGAAGAUGAAAUUUUCCAUGAACCUAUAUUUACAGAUUUGACUACUGAUUUGACUAUUCUGCGAAAUGAGACAAUUGAUCUGACUGGAAUCAAGGUUUGUGAUUAUGGUAUCGAGUGUUCUUUGGUAGAAAAAACAAGUGAUCAAGAGUCCUAUUCUAGAACAAAUACUGAAAUUCAUGGAGUGGAGGGGAACAAUGAACCUAUGGCAGUUCAACUCCAAGAUGCAGAAGUCCAACCUCCUGAGCUACCUGCUCUGUCUGAGAGUCAUCAGUCUGAGGUUAACUUGGGAUCGCAUGAUAUUGAUGCUCAAGGGCACACAACUUAUGAACCUGUGACAGUCCAACCCCAAGAAGAUGCAGAAGUGCACCCUACUGAAAUUCCUGCUUUGUCUGAGAGUCAUCAGUCUGAGGUUAACAUGGUAUCUCAUGAUAUUGAUGCCCCUGGGCACACAAAUAUUGUUUCUAGUGUUGAGGAGCUUGGCAAUUCUCAAAAUGUUGAAAUAAACCAUGUUGGAGGAAAUUUUGCAGUUUCUGAAGCAGAGAAUUGCUCUGUUGGCCUUGAGCAUGAAUCUUCAUCCUUAACUGAAGUCUUUGAAAAUGAUUUUACCACAUCACUGACUCUGGUGGAUAAAACUAAUGAUCUCGUUGGUUCUAUCCAUCCAAAUAUAUUGAGCACCCCAAAUGCUGAGAAUUUGAAUACAAUCCCUAUUCUAGACAAAGAGUUUGUGGAGGAUCAGGGCGAUAGAAAGGGAGUAGGUGCUAUUGAGCAUAGCAUGGAAACUAGAACAGAAGUUCACACAGAUGGUUUUGAAGCCAAUGAUUUAUAUGCAUCCUUGGCUACUGGUUCUAAAGAAACUGUUGAAUUUACUGAUAUUCAGGCUUCUUUUAACGGUGAUAUGCCAUCAGAGGAAAAUAGAAACAGCAUGCUAGGGAAGUUAAAUGAGGAUCCAAUUGUUGCUUCUGCCAUGGAGUGUGAUGACAAGGGUGCUAGGUCUGACUGCAUAUCUAUAGAAAAUGCUAACGUAGAUUGUUUACAAUCUGAAGCACUUGGUUUAGAUGAAAAAGAUGGUUCUUUGAAAGAUGAAGAAAUAGUCUAUCAGGAAGCUGGACUACAAAGUACAAUGUACCCUGAAAUUAGGAGUCCUUAUGUAGAUCAAAAUGACGAACAUGAAUUAAUUCCUAAUGACACAGGGUUUUUGAAUGUUGGGGAUGAUGAGAUAAUUGAUGAUGAUGAUGAUGAUUUUCAACCAUGUGCUGAAGGAACUCACCUUGAAAAUAGCGGAUGGUCUUCCAGGACUAGGGCUGUUGCCAAGUAUCUGCAGGCUGUGUUUGAUAAGGAAGAUCUACAUGGAAGGAAGGAGCUGCAUCUUGACAAUCUAUUAGUUGGUAAAACAAAGAAGGAAGCAUCGCGGAUGUUUUUCGAAACUCUGGUUCUUAAGACAAGGGAUUAUGUCCAUGUAGAGCAGCCAAAACCCUUUGCAAAUGUUAGCAUAAAACCUCGAAUGAAGCUUAUGAAAUCAGAUUUCUGA